GUAAAUCAUUGAAAAACAAUAUGGAGGACAAAAGCAGUUUCAAGCCAACUGUUGAAUGUAAUAUUCUUCACAUGGGACCUUAUCGCAUUCGAUAUAUGUCUCUUCUUCAAGGAGCCGAAGUGACAUUCCCAUCAUCGCUAUCUGAUUGUCGAGGCACACCCUUAUUUCUAGCCUGUGAUGUCAUGCCAGGAAAUUCUAACAUGUCAAGAAUAAGCAACAAGUAUGGAAGACUUGGAAUGGCAGCCAAAUUCAUUUUAAAAGAUUUUCAUCUUGAUGGAUAUUCCAAGUCGUCAGCAUUGUGGUUCGUCACCAUACAUGGGCUUUUUGAACUGGCUUUUAGUUAUCAUCUCAGAUCGUUGCAGAAAGAAUGUAUACAGCACUUAUCUGACUUGUGGUUGAAGUCCUACAAUGCAGAGAAUUUGUCAUCUGAAACUAUAGAGGUGACAUUAGAAAACACUGUGAUGAAUAAAGCAAUGUCACCAUUUAAGUUGGUCUCUGAGACACCUACUGCUGAUUCUCACAACUGCUUGACUCAACCAGAUAAAAUUCCUCAUAAUGGGCAUAUCAAGCUAGGGGAAGGGACUGGACAUGAUCAGGACGAGAUUGCUUCUGUGGGCAGCUUAAUGUAUGAUCAAAUGAAAGUAACACAGAAAGAAAUGGAAAACUCGAACAUUGAUACAACAAGAAAUAAUGAUUCCAUAAGAACUAACAAAAACCCUGUUGUUAGGGACACUUGUGUUAAUAAGAUCUGUGAAGAUUGUGGACAAACCCUAACAUGUACAACUUGUAAUCUGAAUUGUUCUAAAAAUUUAAGAAUAACAGAAAACCAUAAUAUUUCCAGCAAAUUAAGUAGAAAUAGAGAUAAACCUGGAAAGUGUUGUCUGUGUUUUCAAAACUUAGGUGGAAAGAACAGUGAUAUUGCCCAAUACAAGAUUUGCAGUGCAUGCCUUAAAACCGUUAACACUGAUACAUCAGAUGAUAGACUAAGUGUUACCAAUGGAAGGCAAGAAAGUGGACUUAAAUCUCAAGAGUGCUGCAGUGUGAAGUGUGCAAAGAAGACUUGUAUUGAAAAAGAGCAAAGUGAUGCUGUCAUCGGAAUGUUUAAAUGUCAAUUUUGUGACAGACUGAAUGGCUACAAUGGCCAGGGCAUCAAGAAAAAGAGGGAAGUCUAUGCAAUAACUAUGCUAGAUUCUUUGUUACCUUGGGAUGAUUUGUACAAUUUAAUACAGAGGGCCUUGCAUAAUCAUCUUUCUGUAGGGGAGCACUUAGAAAAAUGCCUUAACCUUCUUGAACUUUUAAACUACCAUUUCAGAGCCAGUGAUGAAGGCAAGGGAUUUGAUUUAGACUUCCUCAAGUUCUGUUGUUUCAAAUUUAAGGAUUCUAUUACCGCAGUGGACAGACAAGACUACGAUCUUGAAUUCUCUAGAGGCAAAGUGAAGUUUUUGACGAUCAUAAGCAUGUGGCUCGGAAGUGAAUUUAAUAACUGUUCCACCACAAUUUCCAGAAGGGUGGAUGAAUUUAAACAACAACACAUCAACUGUAUUGACAAUUUGCCUCCUGCCAAUGAAAUUGUAGACCAUAUAUUUCCUGUUUUUAUGUCUGCCUUUCUCCUCCAUUGGCAAGGAUUCAGCUCCAUUAUGAAUGGACUCAAUGAGACUCAGUUAAUGGCUGAGCAUAACUACAACAGCAAAAAGCCAAAGAUGGAGGACUCUCACACAGGGCCCAAUUACCCUCUCAUUCAACUCAUUCUAGAAUUUGCAAAUAAUGCUCUCAUAUCUGGUGUUGCCCAUGUAGUGUUUUCAAAAAUUAAAUACACAAAAUAAACAUUUUCAAAACA